UCUGUGUUUUACAUACAGAAACACCGACGGUGUCAGUUCCAUGACGUGUUGUUCAUGUCACCCGGGGACGGAGACCAAGAGGAAGGCACCGAGUACUACAGCUUAACGACAGGUGCUUGUCCAUCUGGCUACGUCCACAACCGCCUCCUCAAUUUCUGCUAUCAGCUUCAUCCCGACAAGCUCCCGUACGACGUUGGUCUUGCUGACUGUACGUCCAGAGGAGAACACUUUGUUGCUAUUGACAGUGCGGACAAGCAGAACCACGUGGUCAAGCAGAUCAUGUCGUCAUCAGCAACUAUGACCAGUAGCUACUAUUUCGAUGGUUCAGAUGCGGCAAAUGAAGGAGAGUGGGUUUUCCAUGAUGGCCGACCCAUGACCUAUUUUGCCUGGAUUCCAGGCCGCCCGGCUAAUGAAAAGGCUGAGCAUGAUUACAUCGUAGCCAACAAAGGUAGCAAUGCAUUUACUUGGAAAGACAGGGAGAAGGGAGAAACAAAGUACUACAUCUGCCAAAAAGACCUUUGAAAUCAGCAGUCAGCAAAUAUUUUCUUUUGCUAAAGAUUAAAACAGGCAACACAAGAGAUCCCCUCGUUCUUUGUUGGAUACAUCCACAUUGGAACUAUAUAUGUGCGCGUGACUAUCUCAUGCUAAAGCAUCACUUAUCGGUAGUCUCCUGUGCAUGAGCCAGCAUGUUAUACGAACUUUAUGCGGCGGUAUAUGCCCCUAUAUGGAUUAAAAUCAUAUAAUAGCAACUUUUUCGGUGCUGCCAUAGGUAUAACGUAUGCGUGUACACUAUGUAGUGGAAUAAACUAUGAUG